GCCAACACAUUGUUUACAAUGCAGUGAAGCAUGAAAAGAUGAGGAGUCACAACAAGUAAAUAUUUAUCAUAGUUAUACACCUUACACGAUGUCGUGAAACAAUGUACAUAAAAUUUAACGACAUAUGAUAAAACAAUAGCUAAGACGUGACUUAAGAUGGCUGCUAAAAAAUGUGAUCAACAGCCUUGCUGCAAACCGGUAAAUUAUAACCAGUGCAUUGAUAUGUCAUGUUGGAGUAUAGAAGAUAGACGUUACUGUAUAAUUCCUAUAAAUAUCAAAUCUAUUGAUUGUUUCUGCGUGAUACACGAGCAAAAUUGUUUUAUUGAGGAAGAUCUGUUUGGAUAUGACAUUGACGAAGAUCAACACUAUUUAUGGGUUGAUGGUGGAUGCAAUGGAAUAUUUCGAGUUUGCAGUAAACAAGUAUCCCAUAACAACUUACAAUGUCUGUCGAGGAAUAACAUCUUUAAACCAACGCACAGGACACCACGACCAACUAGAAAGAAUACACAGAGUGUAACGAACAAAAGUAGCACAACACCACUUUAUUCAGGAAGAACAACAGUUUUAUCAACCAAACAGGAAGCUACAACCAGUUCCAAAGGGUUGAUUAUAGUACUUCCGUUAGUUAUAUUGGCAGUCAUGGUAGCGGUGAUAUUACUAGUUUACAACAGGAAGAGGUUAAGAUGUAAAAAGACAGCAGUGAAAAAUAAGACGAAGACAGAUGAAGACAGACCUUACAUGGAGAGCAUAACAUUAGAUCAUGAUAUCGUGUACGAUGAGAUUCGCCCUAACCAAACUUCCGGCCAGGAUAAAAGAAAGAGUCAAAUUCCAAUUUACAACAUAUGUGGUGAUAACAUGGACACUAAUACAGAUGCAGAAAAAAUGACGAAUGCUAAUUAUUACGUACUGGAGAGAGAUGCAAUUCAUCCGAACACAAGAGUACCAGCCCAAAGAGAUAUAAGCAAAACAAAGUCUGACAGACAAGCUGACAGGCCAAUUCCACUACCAAGAAGAAAACUAACUGGCAGAUUAUCGGAAGAACAGGCAGGUUAUUUUGUUCCUGUAGAUGUUAAGAUACCCGACAUGGAUAAAAAGAAAAUCACUGGGAAUGAGUACUUCAUUCUUGAGAAGGAUAGUAAUGAUAGAGAAAACCGCUAUAUGCGAGAAACUGGCUAUACUAUAAAACAACCAAACAGAAAUGUGGAAUAUUUUGUUCUAGAAAAAGAAAACACUGUUGACAUUUAAUGAGAUUUACAAAUAAUGGCAAAUGCAUAUUUUCAUGGAUUUUUUUAUCGCGUAUUUUCCAGGAAUUGUAAUGGUGCUUUGUUUUUACAAUACAAUAAAGACUCAAAUAAAGUGUUCGAACAUAUAUGUAUAAACGAGAUUUGCUGUGUAAAUUGCAUGCAUUGGUCAGUGUUUCACUUUAAAAUAUAUU